AUUUAUUGAGGGGUUCUCGAAGAUUGUCCUCCCUUUAUCUCAGCUGACGAGGAAGUCUGUAAAGUUUGAAUGGACAGACCAUUGUGAGUCGAGUUUUCAGGAGCUAAAAAGGAGGCUUACGACGGCACCAGUGUUGACUAUUCCAGAUCCUUCUCGGAGCUUCACCAUCUAUAGUGAUUCUUCGAGGCAGGGUUUGGGAUGUUUACUUAUGCAAGAUGGCCAGGUCGUUGCUUUUGCGUCACGCCAGCUUAAAACCCAUGAACAGAACUAUCCGAAGCACGACUUGGAAUUAGCUGCAGUUGUUCAUGCCCUUAAGAUUUGGCGACACUAUCUAUACGGCGGUCAAUGCGAAAUCUUUACUGAUCAUAAGAGCUUACAGUAUAUCUUUACUCAGAAGGAGCUCAACAUGAGACAGCGCCAUUGGUUAGAGCUCGUCAAGGAUUACGAUUGUACGAUCCAAUACCAUCUGGGAAAGGCGAAUGUUGUUGCUGAUGCCCUAAGCCGCAAGGUGAAGGGUGACUUGACGUAUGUGGUUACUCAGCAGA